CCCCUCCCCCGACUUCCCCUCGCCUCGUCCUCCUCCUCCUCCUCGAUCGGGAGAAUUUGGAGGAUCCUAUGUCCACAAAAUGCGAGGCCAGGGCUGAUUAAUGUGAGAACCCAUGAUAGACAAGUGGAGCGCAAUUGCGGUUUGCGGUGCCCUGGAGCAUACGGUUUUAUUAUUGCGGCAUUACGGCCAUAGCCUGCCUGCCACUGUGGCCGGAUCGGAAUUCAGUCACCGCCCGCCCGAAGGACGUCAUGGCGGGCGGGCGGGGGCGACGAGACAGACACAAAUGGAUCCCGAGAGAGCGAGAAAUCGAAGAAGGCAGGCGAUGGGCCGAACCAGCAGGCAGAGGUCGAAUUUUACUAUUUCGAGCGAGAUCGCAUGCGGAUCUCAUUUGGCUUGGGAUUCUGGGAUGCGCGAGUGCGGUACUGUUUGCAUCUGUUUUCUACGAUCUUCUGGCGCAGCAAGUUACUCAUCACAGGCCCUCCACGGCCACGGGCAUAACUGUGAAACAAAAUGGCCCCAAGGUAGGUAGGUGAUUACUUACGUUUGCAGGCUAUGUUCAGUUAUAGUGGUUCAUGAGUCCACGUCGUUGUCCUGGCCAUAUCUCUCAGAAUAUGUUUGUCACGAGAGACAUUGUACCAGCGCAGUGCGCCAUGGAUCAAAUGUAUGACCGCGAGUCUCGGCCACACUCUCAUAAACUAUUGAUUGCGACAAAAUGUGCCACGCUGCGCACAGCCCCCCCCCCCCUUUAAAAUAUCCGGCGUCAAAUAAAAAUCCCCGAUUUCCUGUCCUCCCCCCUCGCCCCGCAUCUCCUCCCAUCGCAUCGCAUCGUCGAGUUCGUCGUCCCUCUCUCCCACCAAAGUCCCAUCCGCCAUCCCCCUCCCCCAUCGCCAUCACCUUUUAUUAAAUGUUAUUUGUUGUUUGUUCUUUGUCAUCGGCUCGCUCUGGCACAGUCGCGGCCUUUCCCUCCGAAUGAGUUAGAGGGAGCCAUGGACGGAGGUGAUGUGAUGUGAGGUGAGGCGAGGCGAAGCGGUUGGGCUCUCUUGGGCUCAGCGCAGGUCCAUCUUUUUCCUGCUCUCCCCCUGUAGCUCGCUCGCUCGAUCCCUCCCUCUCUGCUGCUGCUGCCGAUCCUUCUGCUUCUGCUUCUGGCCAGCUGCAGCACCCAACAGAGCAGCAGCUGCUGCUGCUGCUCUUUGUGCUCGUCGAUCUUGUCUGGUCGUGCAACGAUCCAUGCAUCAUCCGCCAUAGCCUUGCAGUAGCAGCGAGCCCCGCAGAGAUGAGACGCAGGCAGCGACCAGACCAGAGAGAGAGAGAGAGUCCCC